AUGUCACAUUUCAAGAGUAAAAUUGAUUCAACGAUUGAAGAAUAUCUUGUGGACGCAGGAAAAUAUUAUGCACAAAAGAAAGGACGACGUGCAUCUGUUUUAGAACUUGAGGAUUACAAAAAGAAUUUUAUUGAAAAAGUUAAUAGUCAUAUUAAAGAAUUUGAAAAAGAAGUUUGUAAAAAACUUAAAAAAAAAGAUUGGGAAAAGGAAUUUAACAAACUAGAGAAUAAAGAAGAUAUAUCCUCGAAAGACAAAUGGAUUCGACAAGCAAGAUCAAAUCAUAUUGAAGAACUUUACUCUCGUAUAUGGAAGUCAUUAAAGAAGGGUUUUUUAUCUAAAUAUAAUAAAGAACCUCAAGAGAAAGAUUUUAUGGAAUUCCCAAAAAUUGCUGCCGUUUACUUUUAUAGAAAAGUUCUGGGAUCAAUACGUAAAGAAACUACUAUUAAAGAAUCAAGACGUGAAGAAAGCUCCAAGAAUGCAACGCCUAACGUUAUUACGCGUCAUGGAUUUCACGGUGAAAAAUGUCAAAAUAUUAAUUUACUAAUUGAUCAUCAUCGUGAACGUGUUAAUAAUUUGGUAAAAGAUAAAAUUGGAGCAUCUUCUAGUAAUCCUCAAAGAUCACGUUUAAAGAGCCUUAAUCCUUUCCUUCAAAUUAUAAAUCAAGGCGAAACUUCUAAAAAAGCGAAAAGGCUUUCGGAAGGUGGAAAUGAUAAAGAGAAUAUUAAAGCAAGGAAGAUUAAUGAAUGA